CCUCCUCCUCCUGAUCCUGCUGGCGGCGGCGGCGGCUUCCUCGGCCCCGGCUCUCCGCGCUUCCCCGCGGCUUCGCCUCGCUCCUCGCCGGGAGGCUCCGCGAGGACGUGUUGGCUGCGGAUGGACGAGGAGUUGAACCCAGUUUGUGCAAAGUGAAGUCCUGUUCCACACUAACAGAAGCAACACCAAAAGCACUGCUGCAAGGAGCCGCCGGGAGCUCCAGGGUGAAGAGACCUGCCUCCCCUGGGAGACCUCUGCUAAAGGUGAAGACCUCCAAGCAGACCAGGCAGAUUUAGCAGGAGAUCAGGAAUUUUACAUCAAGAGCCCCCUGCAGCAUUACAGCCUACCAUUCAGAGCCUGGACAAGAGCUUGGCCUUGCACUUUUACAGCUGUAUCUACCUUAAUUUUUACCAGUGGCCCCACAGGUAGAAAGCCUCUGUGGCUGGCCACAUAAUUCCCUGGCUGUUACCGGCUCUGAUCGCUGCCUGUAGCGGAGCACAAAGGGAGCGGCGAGACUCCCACGUCUUUCAGCGAGAAGAAAGGAGGCAGCGGAGCAGACUAACGCGGGCUUGCGUCUGGUGGCCUGGCGGUACAAAGGCUGCCUUUAAAAGAGAAGCGCAGCGUUAUUUAAUGAGCUGUGAGAUGAGGAGGCGCUGCUGCUAACGCUCAGAUCCCGGGAUUCAUCGGCUAUUCAUUGUGCUUAAUGUACAUGUUUCUACACCGUGCAUUUAGGAGAUCCCAGAGAAGAAUCCAAAACGGCUGCGGGGGAAAGACCACCAAACAUGCCUACAGAAACACUACCGACAGGUAGCAUGGUGAAGCCGGUCAGCCCUGCCGUGACUUUCACGUCCGCCGUCCCUCUCCGCAUCCUGAACAAAGGACCAGACUACUUUCGCAGGCAGGCGGAGCCUAACCCCAAGAGACUGAGCGCGGUGGAGAGGCUGGAAGCCGACAAGGCCAAGUACGUCAAAAGCCAGGAGGUCAUCAACGCCAAGCAGGAGCCCGUGAAGCCGGCGGUGCUGGUGAAGCCGCCGGUUUGUCCUGCGGCCAAGCGAGCGCUGGGGAGCCCCACCUUGAAAGUCUUCAGCAACAAUGCCAAGACCGAGAGCGGCGUCCAGAGAGAAAACCUGAAGCUGGAGAUUUUGAAGAACAUCAUCAACAGCUCCGAGGGCUCCAGCUCCGGUUCAGGGCACAAGCACGGUCCCCGAAACUGGCCUCCCCACAGAGCCGAUUCGACGGAACUGAACCGACACUCGUUCGCCGAGUCUCUGAAGGUUUACCCCACGCAGGGCCGCAGCAGCCCGCAGGAGAGCAGCUCCAACGUCAGCAGAAGGCUCCUAGAUCAGUCGGCAGAGACUUUCUUGCAUGUCUCUCACAGCUCCUCAGACAUUAGGAAAGUAACUAGCGCAAAGCCCUUAAAAGCAAUACCCUGCAGUAGUUCAGCCCCACCUCUUCCUCCAAAACCCAAAAUCGCUGCCAUUGCCACCCUGAAGUCCCCAGAGAUCGAGGCAGUCGAGACUGGAUGCGGAGUUAGUAGAAGACCCUCCCUGCAGCGGUCAAAAUCAGACUUAAGCGACAGAUACUUUCGUGUCGACGCAGACGUUGAACGAUUCUUUAACUACUGCGGACUGGAUCCUGAAGAGCUUGAAAAUCUUGGGAUGGAAAACUUUGCAAGGGCUAACUCUGAUAUUAUAUCCCUCAACUUUCGCAGUGCAAGCAUGAUUAGCUCAGACUGUGAACAGUCUCAGGACAGCAACAGUGACCUUAGAAACGAUGACAGUGCCAAUGACCGUGUGCCAUAUGGUAUUUCUGCAAUUGAAAGGAAUGCCAGAAUCAUCAAGUGGUUAUAUAGCAUCAAGCAAGCUAGAGAGUCACAGAAAGUGUCCCAUGUGUGAGAGAAAAUCCACAGUAGAAAAAGCAAGGACUGUAUCUUUGUCUGUGAAUAUUCAGUUGUGAAGGGUUGUGAAGUCUACUUGAAGUCUUGUACACUUCUCAAAUCUCUUUGUGUUGCUUGUUGUGCAAUGUUUCCAAGUUGCAUGCCUGUCAACAUGUGAACUGACCUGGCUUCCACUUGAACAAUAACCAACUGCAAAGCCUGGCUAAGCAUACACAUUAUCUGCCAAAAGUUUAAGACAAGAAUCUAAUUAGGGCUUCAGUAUAAUCAAAGUGUUUACAUGGAAAGGUUAUAUGACUUCUUUGGUAUUUAUGUGGUUCCUUGUGGAUUUUAUAUGUCACUUUUUGUCUUAAUACGGAUAUUGUCAACUGACGUUACUGGCUUCAAAGCUGAAGUAGAAUCCCUUUGGGGGGUGGGGCAAAUUUGGACAAAAUAAGAGGUUUAGACAUACAACAAUAGUCAAAGCAGCCUUAUCUCUUGUAGAAAGUGGCUUAUUGGCACCUGUAAAACUGUCUCUGAAAGGCAAAGGAUGCUCUGUUCUUUGCUAAAAUAUAUAUCCCUACCUGUGGUGAGGGACUGUUAAGUAAAGGUUUCCGUUUCUAGAUAAAGCACCCUCAGUUUUACAACUGAAGCGGUCUCGUGAAUCUGCUUGACCUUUCGUAAACGAAAUGAGUCUUACGUUUGGUUCGGUGUAAGUAUUGUAAUGAUUUUGUAUUACCCUGUUGGUAAAAGUUUAAAGAGGGUUGGAGUCAACAAACAAAAACGUUGAAGGUGGGGGAUUUUGUGGGUUUGGUUUUAACUCUAAGAUUCCUGGUCUUAAACUUUUGACAGGAAUGAUUAGAUCCUAUAGCUGAUAUUGAAUGCCUUUAUUAGUCGAACACAUCAUGACUACAAACUCCAUGCUGUCUUUUAAUUUUUUUUUUGUAGACCUAUUUGAACAGUUAAUGAACAAAAAUGGAAACACACAGCCAUAUCAAUAUAACGCCUCCUAUUCAGAAGUAAAUACACUCAGUAGCUGAACUAUAUCUGAAAAUUUGUGAUUAUGUUGUCUUGCAUAUGUUAUAUCUAAGGCUGUGAAAGUUUGUUACAGCUCUAGAAAAGUGUAGAAACAUGACAGUAUGUAGCUUUCUUUUUUUUUUUUCCUCCUUAUGAUGGUUAGUGCUGCAAGUCAACCUGUUACAAAUCUUUUGACAAUCUGUGUCUUCCCAGUGGUUUAAUUAACUGUCAUUUCAACUGACAGUUUUGGUGUGGUAGCGGAGAAGUUGAAAGUACAGUGGUCUGCUUCAUUAUUAUUGUAUACAUGCUUCGAAGUAAAUUGCAGCACUACCUUAUACUUCAUCAGCUAAUAGGAAACUUUUUUUAUUGUGUAAAUGCUGUAAGACUUUGUAUAUACUUCAGUUGUUAUGAAAUCUUUAAAAGGAAGAGUGUUAUGCUAAUAAAUAGCUCCUGGUGCAGG